AUGGCCAUCAACACGGACACCGACUUCCUCAAGUCCAACCUGGGCGAGGUCGGCGGUGGCGGUGGCGGUGGCGGUGGAGGAGGAGGAGGAGGCGCCCAGCUGGCUGACUUCCACGAGACCGAGAAGCUGCUGGCCGUCACCAGCGAGCCCGCCGGACAUGGGAUCAAGAUGUCCUCGUCCUUCUCCGUCAACAUGGACCACCACCAGUCCAAAGGAUCGGAGGCGGACCACAACGGCCACGGGAUGAGGUCGGGCUCCGCAGGGCAGCUGGCCGCCGCCGCGCCCCUUUCGCCGUCCAAAGUCAGCCUGAGCCGAUCGUCCACCGGCAACGCCACCGUGCAUGAGAGCCCCAAACCACGCGACUACCUGAUCCUGGUCAUCGUUUCCUGCUUCUUCCCCGUGUGGCCCGUCAGCAUCGUUGCUCUCGUUUACUCCAUAAUGUCUAGAAACAGUCUGCAGGCAGGGGACGUGGACGGAGCCAGAAGACUGGGUCGACUUGCGCGCCUACUGAGCAUCGUCUCCAUUGUGCUGGGCGUGGUUGCAAUCAUCGUCUUUGUUUCGCUUUCAGCAAUCAACUGA